AGCUUUUAGGCUUUUAGCAGCAGUUCAGCUGAGAUUCAUUCCAGAUGAGGACUCAGAGGCUUCCAGUUUGAGGAAACAGGAUCGGCUGAGAAGUUAGUGAGGGACAGAGGAGGAGCCUUCCCAGGACUGUGUGAUGCUGAUGAUGACCAGGAGUCUUGGUAUGGGAGGAGUUGUUCGUGGAGCACAAGCCUGGAGAACAAAGAAGAUGGCCCUCCUUGUAGCUCUGGGGCUCUUGAUAGCAGGGAUCUGCAUUGUUGUUCUCUGCCUAAAAUAUGGCACAGUGGAAAGGGACACUGAAGUCCAGGAAAACCAAAACAAUGGGACACAAAUGGACAGUCUGACACUGGCCUCCAUCAACACUGACUUUGCCUUCACCCUCUACAAGGAGCUGGCUUUGAAGAAUCCAAAUAAAAAUAUUCUCUUCUCCCCAUUCAGUAUCUCAGCUGCCUUGGCCAUCCUAUCCCUAGGAGCCAGCAGCAACACCCUGGAAGAGAUUCUAGAAGGUCUCAAGUUCAGUCUCACAGAGACCCCCGAGGCAGACAUCCACAGGGGCUUUGGGCACCUCCUCCACGUGCUCAGUCAGCCAGGAGACCAGGUGAAUAUCAGCAUAGGCAGCAUGAUAUUUGUUGAAAAGCGCCUGCAGAUCCUGGCAGAGUUCAAGGAGAAGGCAAGGGCACUGUACCAGGCUGAGGCCUCCACAGCUGACUUCAAGCAGCCUCAUGAGGCCAAAAAGCUCAUCAAUGACUAUGUGAGGAAACAGACCCAGGGGAAGAUCAAGGAACUGAUCUCAGAUCUGGAUGUGAGGACAGUAAUGGUGCUGGUGAACUACAUCUACUUUAAAGGAAAAUGGAAGACGCCCUUUGACCCUGAAGAUACUUUUGAGUCUGAGUUCCACUUGGGCAAGAUGAGGUCUGUGAAGGUGCCCAUGAUGAACAUUGAGGAUCUGACCACACCCUACUUCUGGGAUGAGGAGCUUUCUUGCUCUGUGGUAGAGCUGAAGUACACAGGCAAUGCCAGCGCCCUGUUCAUCCUCCCUGAUGAGGACAGGAUGCAGCAGGUGGAAGCCAGCUUACAACCAGAGACUCUGAGGAAGUGGAAGGACUCUCUGAGGCCCAGGAAGAUCAACAAGCUCUACAUGCCCAAGUUCUCCAUCUCCACUGACUACAGCCUGGAAAAAAUCCUUCCACAGCUGGGCAUCAGGGAAGUCUUCUCCGAAGAGGCUGACCUGUCUAGGAUCACAGGGGCCAAGAACCUGAGAGUCUCUAAGGUGGUCCACAAAGCUGUGCUGGACGUGGCUGAGACAGGCACAGAAGCAGCUGCCGCCACAGGAGUCAAAAUCAUCCUUAAGUCUGGAAAAUGGUACCAAAUGACUGUCAACUUCAACAGGCCAUUCCUGAUGAUUGUCUCUGACACAAAUACUCAAAUUGCACUCUUUAUGGCCAAAGUCACAAAUCCCAAGGAAAACUAGAACUUUCCAAGUGGUGAAACUUCUUCCUGAGGGCCAGGGAUUAGGCCUAUAUGUGGAUCUCUACGUGCAUUUUGGCCUCAAUGCUCUAAAUAGCUGUGGCAUGCCUGGAUUGGACAGUGACAGUGACUAGCUGUAUGACUCAAGCAUGCGCAGGGCACUUGGACAGUCAGUGUCAGGCUUGAUCCCAGUCAUCCUGGCAGCACUAGUUCAUGUUCCUGAGCCUGAACUCUGUCUUUGUGUUCCUCCCUGCUGCCUCUACUGUAUCUGCCUCUACCCAAAAGCCUGGGCCCUGUCAGGUAGGCUCAGUCCCUAUCUAGGCUCUGGUUAUGUCCGCCUUCAGCGCCAGCAGGCUUGAUUGAACUACGCAAACUUAUAGGUCAAUCAUGUGGACCUCAAUCCCAGCACUGAGAAGGAAACCUGCUGCCCUGAGUCUAUUUCCAGCAUCUGGGACCACUGAGUGCCCAGUUCCUGCCUCAAACUUUGCCUCUUCCAGACUGCCACCCACUGUCCCUUGCAGGGACUUCUGACCCUGCCAAUAUCUGGCACAGUGUUGGAUAUCUCUUUCCUGCAGCUCAUGAAGUUCAUUGGUCAGACAAGCUCCCUUUCCCCUAGUACACCUACUUAUGGCAGAGGAGCCUUUUUCUAGGUUCCCCACUGACCAACUUCACACAACAGAUGGACAUGUCCACCUUCCUUACCCAAAAUGCAGUGCUUUGAGCAAAGGAUCAAUAA